UGACCGUAGAAAAUUUUUUAGCAUGAGUUCAAGUGAAGUGGUAGCUUAGCUAUUCGCAAAAUUCUCAUCAUAACGUGAGCAUCCGUGCAUUUCUCGGUCCUUAAAACUUGAAACAGAUCCUUGUACUACUAAGAUGGGCAGGGAGGACCGAGCUACCUGGAAAAGCAACUAUUUUCUUAAGUUGGUGCAACUUUUGGACGAAUAUCCCAAGUGUUUUAUUGUGGGAGUAGACAAUGUUGGUUCUAGGCAAAUGCAACAUAUCAGGCUCUCAUUGCGGAAGCAUGCUGUGCUUCUCAUGGGAAAGAAUACAAUGAUCAGAAAGGCUAUACGUGGGCACAUGGAAAAUAAUCCUGCCCUUGAAAAGCUGCUUCCUCAUAUCCGAGGUAAUGUGGGCUUUGUCUUUACCAAAGAAGACUUGGUUGAUGUUCGGGACAAGAUUAUGGACAAUAAGGUUAAGGCUCCCGCACGUGCUGGUGCUAUUGCUCCUUGUGAUGUGAUCCUUCAACCACAGAAUACAGGGUUAGGUCCUGAAAAAACAUCUUUCUUCCAGGCCUUGCAAAUCCCAACUAAAAUUUCUAAGGGAACCAUUGAAAUCUUAAAUGAGAUUCAUUUAAUUAAGAAGGAGGACAAGGUAGGAGCCUCCGAAGCAACAUUGUUGAACAUGUUAAAUGUCUCCCCAUUUACGUAUGGUUUGAAAAUCCGGCAAGUCUACGAUUCUGGUACUGUGUUCUCUCCUGAAAUCUUGGACAUCACUAACGAAGAUCUGCGUGCUAAAUUCAUGGAGGGUGUAAUGAAUGUUGCAGCUGUGUCCUUGGAAAUUGGUUAUCCAACUUUAGCAUCUGUACCUCAUUCCAUAGUAAAUGGCUUGAAGAACCUUAUUGCCAUUGCUGUUGAAACUGAUAUAACUUUCAAAGAGGCAGAAAUGGCUAAAGAAUAUCUGAAAGAUCCUUCCAAGUUUGCUGCUGCCGCCGCUGCGGCUGCCCCUGCUGCAGGUGGUGGUGGUGAAGCUAAGAAAGAAGAAGCCAAGAAAGAGGAAGAACCUGAGGAAUCUGAAGAUGAUGACAUGGGUUUUGGACUUUUUGAUUAACAUCUGAAGAGUGUAUAAUAAAACUUUUCAUUCUUGUA